UUUUUCUAUUUUAUAAACAAAGAGAAAAUUUUGGAUGCGUCUUUCACUCUCUUUGUGAUUUCUUUGAAUACGCCAAUUUUUUGUUAAUCAUUCUCAGAUCACCAUGGCCAAAAGCUCCUUCAAAUUGGAACACCCUCUUGAGAGGCGACAGGCUGAAGCUGCUCGUAUCAGGGAGAAGUACCCUGAUAGAAUACCGGUGAUUGUUGAGAAAGCUGAAAGAAGUGACAUACCUGACAUUGACAAGAAAAAGUAUUUGGUUCCUGCGGAUCUGACUGUUGGCCAAUUUGUGUAUGUUGUUCGCAAGAGGAUUAAGCUCAGCGCUGAGAAGGCUAUUUUUAUCUUUGUGAAGAAUAUCCUCCCCCCUACAGCUGCCAUGAUGUCUGCCAUUUAUGAGGAACACAAGGAUGAGGAUGGCUUCCUGUACAUGACCUACAGUGGCGAGAAUACCUUCGGAUCCUUUUGAAGUUUCAAGCAGAGACCUUAUUACUGUGUAAAUAAGUCUUAAGAAAACUUGUAAAUACUUACGUUAGCCUACUCUUCCGAAUUAUCUUUCUACCAAGAUGCUCUCUUGGGUUGACAUUGACUGGUUUAUGUAGUUACCUUUAUGAAGUUGCUCAUUUCCCGUUUGCUAAGAUGGCUUUACAUUCCUG